GAUCUCGGCGUGUGCUCCGCGCCGAUCUUUCGGCGAUCACUACCUCUGCGCCGCAUUUAUAUCCCAGAGGAAAUAAAGAAGCCAAAAAAAGAAGAAGAAGAAAUAAAUAAAAAACCCAAAAGCUCUCGCGCGAGAUUCUCCUCCGAUUUCGUCUUCGUCUCCCUCCUCCAACCUCCGUCUCCUACUAGGGUUUACUUUUGCCCCUCUCCCUCUUUCUCACAAACCGUAAGAUCCAAGUAUCGUCCUCCUCUCCGGCGACUCGACCUCGUCCCGGUCCCCUCCUACCACAGGAGACCGUCGCCGGCGAAGAUGAGGGCCGUUUCUAGGUGCCUCGGCGCUCGCCGGCUCUUCCGAUGCGGCCGCGAUGGCGGCGAAGUACUCCUCUGCCGAUUCGACCGUUAUGUGAUCUCGGCCAGUGCUCUCGAUGCGAAACGGUGCGGUGGUUUCGGGGACGAUGGAGUAAAGAGUGGGGUUCGAGGGUUCAAGAACCCUAGUCCUCUUCUUGGUGGCGAAUCUCCUUUAUUUCCACGGAGUCGGAUGGAUGCUGUGAGAUAUGGUGGAUCUUUUAGGCGUUUCAGUUGCUUUUUACCCGAUUCUUCUCCGCCAUAUGGGAGCAGGCCUUCCAGAGACUUGAGGUUCUUGCAAAAAGGCCAUGCGUUGUUCUCGACAUCUGCUAAUGAAAUGUCAGUUUCUAAUAGUAAAGUACAAAAUGAACUAGCCAAAAAGGGUGCGGACAAGGAGAUAGCAGAUACCGAGAUACUUCGUAACCUUGCGAAGCACUUGUGGUCGUUUGACAGCCUUGAAUUUCGUUUGAGGGUGCUGUUGUCGUUGGCUCUUCUGGUUGGUGCCAAGGUUAUAAAUGUUCAAGUACCUUUCUUAUUCAAGCUUGCUGUGGAUUGGCUUUCAGCGAUCACUGGUUCUGACACUGCAAUGGCAUCAUUUACCAAUGCUAAUUCUACCCUUUUGGCUUUAUUUGUUAGCCCAGCAGCUGUUUUGAUUGGAUAUGGAAUUGCACGAUCUGGGGCAUCAGCCUGCACUGAGUUGCGAAAUGCUGUAUUUUCCCACGUUGCAUUGAGAGUCAUUCGAGCUGUUUCUAGGAAGGUGUUUGCACAUCUGCAUGAGCUCGAUCUUCGGUAUCAUUUAAGCCGGCAAACUGGUGCUCUGAAUCGUAUAAUUGAUAGAGGAAGUCGUGCAAUAAAUUAUAUUUUGUCACAAAUGGUAUUCAAUGUUGUGCCCACAGCACUGGAGAUCGCUAUGGUUUCUGGGAUUCUUGCUUAUAAUUUCGGCUCAACUUUUGCUUGGAUCACUUCUGUUUCAGUUGCUGCAUAUGUUGCUUUCACUUUGAUUGUAACACAGUGGCGCACUAAAUUUAGGACAGCCAUGAAUAAAGCUGAUAAUGCUGCGAGUACUGUUUCAAUUGACUCUCUGUUGAAUUAUGAGACUGUCAAGUACUUCAACAAUGAAGCUUUUGAAGUUCAAAAAUACGACAAGUACUUAAAAAGGUACGAGGAUGCUGCGCUCAAAACUCAAAGUAGCCUUGCCUUUUUGAACUUUGGCCAAAAUGUCAUAUUUAGCACGGCUUUAUCGACUGCGAUGGUUUUGUGCUCAUAUGGAGUUAUGAGUGGUGCAUUGACAGUUGGUGACUUGGUCAUGGUCAAUGGGCUUCUUUUCCAGUUAUCAGUACCUCUCAAUUUCCUUGGAAGCGUGUACCGGGAAACAAGGCAGAGCCUUAUAGAUAUGAAGUCCAUGUUUCAAUUGCUUGAGGAGAAGCCUGAAGUCAAAGAUAAGGAGAAUGCAGUACCUUUACAGUUUAGAGGAGGAUGCAUUGAAUUUGAUAAUGUGCAUUUUGGGUACCUGAUAGAACGGACGAUUCUCGAUGGAGUAUCUUUUACUGUUUCAGCCGGAAGAAGCGUAGCCAUUGUUGGAACUAGUGGCAGUGGAAAAUCAACUAUUCUUAGAUUGCUUUUUAGGUUUUUCGACACAGGUUCUGGAUCUAUACAAAUAGAUGGUCAGGAUAUACGAGAUGUUACCCUGGAAAGUCUUCGCAAGUGUAUUGGUGUUGUGCCACAGGAUACUGUACUUUUCAAUGACACAAUUUUUCACAAUAUACAUUAUGGGCGGCUAUCGGCAACAGAGGAAGAGGUCUUUGAUGCUGCCCGACGUGCAGCUAUUCAUGAUACCAUUAUGAACUUUCCAGAAAAGUAUGCAACAGUUGUUGGAGAGCGAGGGCUAAAGUUGAGUGGUGGUGAAAAGCAGCGUGUUUCGCUUGCUCGUGCAUUCUUGAAGGCACCUUCAAUUCUUUUAUGCGAUGAAGCUACUAGUGCCCUUGAUAGCACAACCGAAGCUGCAAUAUUGAACGCAUUGAAGACUUUAGCGCACAAUCGCACUUCAAUUUUUAUUGCUCACCGGCUUACAACAGCAAUGCAAUGUGAUGAGAUUGUAGUCUUGGAGAAUGGGAAGGUAGUGGAACAGGGUCCACAUGAGGUUCUCUUGUCAAAAGCAGGACGUUAUGCGCAGCUGUGGGCUCAGCAAAACAACAGUGAUGCUUUGGAUGUUGCCGUCAAAGUAGAGGCUUGAGGAUUUUGGUGCUCUUACACUCCUGCUUGUUUGGAAAGAAAAAGAGAAAGAAAACAAGGAGUUGAUAAUGUUGCCCAAACUUAUCGUCAAUUUUCACUCUGGCCUUGGACUUUGUAAGUUGGACAUUUAACGCCCCUUGAGGUUUGAAAGUAUUUCAUUUUAGCCCUUGAUAUCAUCUAUUAUGGAGUGAAAAUAAAAUUAUCACCCAUACGUGAUACAUCGACAUCCCAUCAGAAUCGAUUGACCCUUCAUCCAUCUCGUACUUUUAGUUAGACUUUAAAUUCUAAGUUGACAAAAGGCUACAAUUUAAUGGUUGAUACUUGAUAGGGAUUAAAAUAUGAUAUGAGAUCAAGGGCUGUUGGAUGGAUGGCUUGGAUAGAUAUGAUGCACCAGGUACAGGAGUUAAAUUUUUCCUUAACAGUAGAUGAUGAAAAGGGCUAAAGUGAAAAUUGUCCAAAAGUUUGGGGCUGUUGAAUGUUCAAUUUAAAACUUGUGGACCAAUUUGAAACUUGACGAAAUUUUCCUGCUUUCUCAUUAAUUUUUGCUGAUGGAAAGAUACAAGCAGAUGUAAACCUAGCAUGAUGGUGAGAUGGAAGCCCCUGUAAACCAACAGGUAAACCAACAGGUUACAGGAAGCAGAAAAAUAAAUUUGUAAUUUAUUUUUGCACAAACUCUGCUGAAUAAUUUGAAGACAAUUUGUUCUUGGCUAUGUAACAUAAGUGGAUAUGCAAGAUGUUCUUUCAGGCUCUAGAGUAUUGGUAUCCGAAGGUAGUGGACUUCAUCUUAAUUGUAAAGUUUGUAAGGCCAUUUUUUUUUUAGUUCCCUCUUCAUUGAUUGUGUAGAUACUAUAUUUCUCAUAAAGAUAUUGUAACUUUUUUAUUA